AAAAAAAAAAAAAAAAAAACAAACAAUGGCAAACAUAUUUGUGGUGAGUUUGCUUCUAAUAAAAGCCAGAGAAAAAGCUUAUGCAUUAUCUAGCAAGCUACAAAAACAUCAGCCCUACUUUUUCCCAAGCGAACAAUAGCUACUGGUUUGAUUUGUCAAUCUAAAGCUAAAAAGACCGCAUGGUCCGAGAACUUAUCUGCACCAGUUGCUGCUGAUAUGAUUGGCACACCAGACCCUAUCUCAAACCUUCGACCUGUCAAAUAUUACAUACCAACUGAUGAAACAGAACAAGAAAAAGAAUGGAGAGAAUCAUGCCAGAAAGUAGAUGCUUUUAAUGAAGAAUUUUGGCAUAAAAACAAUACUUUAUUUACACAAGCCAAAGCAGAUUACGAAGCAGAAUUGAAAGCAAAAGGACAAGAAAUAACUGCCGAAGCCAUGUCUGUCUUCUACAAGGACUUUUUGGAUAAAGCUUAUGAUCGUCAAAUGGAAUACAACCGUGCUUGGUGGAGAAUGAAUAUUGCUCAAUUAUACCCUGGAUUCAAAGCAGCAUUACGCUCCCUGAAAUCGGAAAAUCAUCAUGCAACUCAACAAAUAAGCAGUAAAGAAUUUAGCUUUUGGGAAAAGAGUUUUGAAUCAUAGAAUAAAACUAUU